AUGGCGCUCGUGUCUCUCGUGAAGGCCUCCUCUGUGCACUCAUCUCGAGGCCACAGACUGUCCGUCAUGAAACGCCAACAGUCACAUGCUACCAGCAACGUGAAGGCCGCCUGCCGAGCUUGCAGAGCGAGCAAGACAAAGGUGCGGACCAUCAGCCACUCCACUCCUCUUCAUCGGACGUACAGGACUGUGACCAGCCACGAUGAGGCAUACGAUAUCUUGAAACGGAUGCGAGCCGGCGACGACGAUCUCUCCAUCUUCGUCGGUCUACUGGAAAAGAGAAGCAAUUACACCAACAGAGAUGUGGUCCAAAGUACGGCCACGCACAAAGACGGCGCUGCCGUCUUCGCGGACAGUUCCGACGAUCGAAACUCCAUCGCGUUUCUGCUGGCAAGGAACUCGCCCACAAGGGCUGAAAGUGAAUAG